ACAAGCAGCUACUGUUCUGUGGUGGUGGUGGUGUCGCUCAAAACAAGCGAGAGUGAGUGUGGAGGAUGGCGUCGAUUUCAUUCAGUGACCAGCGGUUGUUGUAACAGACACAGCAAUCGCAGGUAUUCCCGUCCAUAAUGGCGGUCACUACACACUUUCGUUAUGGCCUCAGGCUUCCCUUAUCCUCAAGGUCAACCACCACUCCAGCAGUCGGAGGAGGCUUCAACUUCCCCACAAAUUCUCUCUCUACAAACCAUCAUCUUCUUCUUCACAAAUUCUGUCAUUCUUCUCUCUCUAAACGGAAUGUUAGCUGCUCAACCCGUCGGCCCUCUUUUUGCGUGCUUUGCCAGCAGACUAUGGACCUGUCCUCCAAUGCUGGCCAGGACCGUCUCUUGAAGGUCCCUACAUCAAACAUAAGGAAUUUCUGUAUUAUUGCCCACAUCGAUCAUGGGAAAUCAACAUUAGCAGAUAAGCUGCUUCAAUUGACCGGUACAGUGCAGAAGCGGGAUAUGAAGGAGCAAUUUCUUGAUAACAUGGAUCUAGAGAGAGAAAGGGGCAUCACAAUUAAACUACAGGCAGCUAGAAUGCGUUUCAUGUGUGAUAAUGAACCAUAUUGCCUCAAUCUUAUUGAUACUCCAGGGCAUGUUGACUUUUCUUACGAGGUUUCUCGGUCUCUUGCUGCAUGUGAGGGGGCUCUCCUUGUUGUAGAUGCCUCUCAGGGAGUGGAAGCUCAGACGCUGGCUAAUGUUUAUUUGGCUUUGGAAAACAACCUAGAAAUAAUUCCAGUUUUGAACAAAAUAGAUUUACCAGGCGCCGAUCCACUUCGUGUUUCCCAGGAAAUUGAAGAGGUGGUUGGUUUAGAUUGUAGCAAUGCAAUCUACUGCUCAGCAAAGGAGGGAAAAGGUAUAACUGAAAUUUUGAAUGCAAUCGUCCAAAGGAUUCCCCCGCCUCAUGAUACUGCUGAAAGAGCUUUGAGGGCCCUAAUAUUUGACAGCUACUAUGAUGCAUAUAGGGGUGUUAUUGUAUAUUUUCGAAUCAUUGAUGGGACUAUAAAGAAAGGUGACAGAAUCUUUUUUAUGGCGAGUAAGAAGGACUAUUUUGUUGAUGAAAUUGGAGUUUUAUCUCCCAAUCAGUUGCAAGUUGAUGAAUUAUAUGCCGGUGAGGUGGGUUACGUUUCAGCUUCCAUAAGAGCGGUAGCAGAUGCUAGGGUGGGUGACACUAUAACACACUACAGUAGGAGGGCAGAACAAUCACUGCCAGGAUACAAGGAAGCAACUCCAAUGGUGUUCUGUGGCCUGUUUCCUGUUGAUGCUGAUCGGUUUCCUGACUUACGUGAUGCAUUGGAAAAGCUGCAACUUAAUGAUGCUGCAUUGAAGUUUGAGCCUGAGACCUCAAGUGCCAUGGGCUUUGGCUUCAGAUGUGGGUUUCUGGGCCUCCUCCAUAUGGAAAUUGUUCAGGAAAGGCUCGAGAGAGAAUACAAUUUGACGCUAAUAACUACUGCUCCAAGUGUUGUAUACCGAGUCAACUGUGUAAAUGGUGAUACUGUGGAGUGUUCAAAUCCAUCUUUGCUUCCUGAGCCUGGAAAUAGGAGGUCAAUUGAGGAGCCAUUUGUUAAGAUUGAGAUACUCACUCCAAAGGACUAUAUUGGUCCACUUAUGGAACUUGCUCAAGACCGAAGGGGAGAAUUCAAAGAAAUGAAAAUUAUGACUGAGAAUAGAGCGUCACUCAUCUAUGAAUUACCUUUGGCAGAGAUGGUAGGGGAUUUCUUUGAUCAGCUGAAGUCCAGAAGCAAGGGUUAUGCUAGCAUGGAAUACUCCUUUAUCGGGUACAAGGAAAGUGAAUUGGUAAAGCUUGACAUUCAGAUUAAUGGUGAUCGUGUUGAACCUUUGGCAACUAUUGUUAACAAAGAUAAGGCAUAUGCCGUGGGGAGGGCAUUGACUCAAAAGCUAAAGGAACUUAUACCACGACAAAUGUUUAAAGUACCUAUCCAAGCAUGCAUAGGUACUAAAGUGAUAGCUAGUGAAGCUUUAUCUGCAAUUAGGAAGGAUGUUCUAUCUAAAUGCUAUGGUGGGGACAUUACAAGAAAAAAGAAAUUGCUUAAAAAACAGGCUGAAGGAAAGAAGAGAAUGAAGGCAAUUGGGAAAGUUGAUGUGCCUCAGGAAGCUUUUAUGGCUGUAUUGAAACUUGAAAAAGAGGUGUUAUGAUAAUUUUACUUGUUCGCUUGUAAAGAAUAUUGGUGACAAUUUCAAGAAAGAUUUAUUUGAUAAAUCAUUACAUUUUGAAUAAAUAAGUAAUCAAGUUUUUGGUUGUAUUAUUUGAAUUAUGAAAUCCAAUAUCAAUGUAGUACAGGAAAAAGCUCCAAUGAGGGCACUCUCAUUGUCCCAAAUUA